GUUCUCUCAUUUUAACUUUAAACUUGUUACAAUUUAAAAUUCGACCGACGGUUUAAAUCCGUUGAUGUGCGUUGUAUGUUCUUCAGUUUUUGUAACAGUCUUUGACAGCUUGCGUGUGUGUUGACUGGGGGAAAGGCCACGUCAGACUGCCUCUAAUCAACGUUCUACUGCCCCUCCUGCAGUACCGCAGUCUGACCGACAGGGGCAUCAGAGAGGCGCUUCACACUAGUCCAAAGACUCGUGGCCGAUCGUAUUCGUAGUAUUUCCUUUUAUUUAGGUAAGCUGCGCAUCAGCAGUCUCGCGAAGUGGCUUGAAAACAUUGUCAAAAUUUAUAUUACGGUUGUUUACGUUAUUAUUGUCAACACCAUCGGUUAGUGUGAUCGCACGACAUGGCUUCUUUAAGGGACCGAGCAUUUUGAUAUUUAAGAAGAAGGGAAAAGUCCGAUGCAGCUCAGCGCCGUGUUUCAAGCUGCUGCCUGUCAACUUGUGCUCGAGGGACAACGGCUUUGACAGAGUCUUUAUCUUUAUUUGCUCUGGAAAAAAAAUAACUUUUACGGGAUAAGCGAAGAAAUAAACAUAGCAACGUGUGGGCGUUUGCUUUUUUGAACCAUGUCCACCGAGGUUGCGAGCGAGUUGGACGUGACAUUCAGUUGUUUGCACGAAGGGGAUCAAAACAAGUCGGACGCGGACGGAUCCAAGAAACCUGAUCGAGCGAGCCACGAGGAGGGGCAGAAGGAUCCUCCUCAAGUCGACUCGAAACAUCAAAAACAGGGGGUCAUGGAAAGCAAAGCGGAUGGCCUAGGCACGGACAGCACGAAUGACAAGGAGAACGAUCAGAAUGCAUCAAGCCACACAGCCACAGAAAUUGCCAAGAAGAAAGUGAUCGAGGCUCCUCCACCGAAAGUGAACCCGUGGACGAAGAAGAAUGCAUGCCCUCCCAAUAAUGCCACCAACAGUUCCAAACAAACAGAUCCCCAGAGUCCUGCCAAAGUUGUCCGUGCCAGCAAACCUAGCAGAAAGACCAGCAAGUCAGGUGACUUCAGUGACAUCACAAACUGGCCCACCCCAGGAGAACUCGCCAGUAAGGAGCAGCAGCAUAAUGUGAUAAAUGCACAGGGGAGGAAGGUUCCGUCUGGACGGAGGGAGAAAAAGGAUCAUGGAGGAGAGAAGAGGGAGAAAGAGAGUGGAAGUGAUGGGAGUGACAGUAAGGAGAACAGGGAGGCGAAUUCAGAUCCAAUCACAGGACUUUCAAGCGAGCAGGAGGCAGAAAAUGGAGAUGAAAUGCAAAGCAGUGCCCCACGCAAGAGAGGAGGCUGGCGACGAGAAAGAGAUUUCUUUGAUGACACUGCAAGUGUUCGCAGUGAGGGCAGCAAUGUCCGCGGAGGCCCAAGGGGCAGGGGCAGAGGUCGUGGGCGAGGCAGAGGUCGUGGGCGAGGUCGCUAUGACUACUCCCACGGUUACCGGGACUCUUACCAGGACAGGUCCACGGCUCCAGCCGAGUUCGGCGCCAACAUGGUAUAUUACUAUGAUGAUGGUAAUCGCAUGCAGAUGUAUACGAUCGAGGAGCGUUUGCUUAAAGAAUACAUCAAACGUCAAAUUGAAUACUACUUCAGUCUCCCAAACCUGGAGCGAGACUUCUUCCUGCGGAGGAAAAUGGAUUCCAAAGGCUUCCUGCCCAUCUCUCUCAUCGCCGGUUUCCACAGAGUCCAGGCUCUCACCACUGAUAUCAACCUCAUUAAGGAGGCAGUGAAGAACAGUGAAGUUGUGGAGCUGGUUGAUGAGCAGAUCCGUAGGAAAGUGGAGCCGGAGCAUUGGCCCAUUCCAGGCCCUCCUCUGGACUCCCCGCGCACAGAUUUCUCCCGACUCAUUAACUGCCCAGAGUUUGUCCCAGGACAGACGUUCACCUCCCUCAGCAGAGUGUCGUCCUCCCCAGUCGGUCAGCCCACUGCUGUGCUGAACGGCAAAUCAAGUGAUGCCACAGACACAGCCAAACCUCAGUCCAAAGAAUCCUCUCCCUCAGAGUCAAAGUGUAACUAUAGUGAUGAUGUGAAUUCCCCAAAAGUGUGCUCCAGCAGUUUGUCUGAUCCAGACAGCCAGCCUUGGGUACAGGUGGAGAAACGACACAGAAACUCUUCUGGAAAAAACAAGACCUCAGUAACUCUUCCUUCUACUCCUCCCCCUCCUCCUCCUCUCCUUCCUCCUGCUCCUCAUCUUGAGUUAUUCCCAUCUGCAGAGCGCUCAGAAUUGGUUGAGUCCAGCACAGAGCAGAAGCCCGAGGCAGACCAGGAGGAACUGGACUUCCUGUUCGAUGAGGAAAUGGAACGCCUCACAGCACCUCGCAAAAACACCUUCACCGAUUGGUCAGAUGACGAUUCUGAUGAUGAACUUGAUGACAGAGAUGUAAACAAGAUCCUUAUCGUUACUCAGACCCCCCCUCACCUGCGGAAACACCCUGGAGGCGAUCGGACAGGGAAUCACGUGUCUCGUGCCAAAAUUACAGCUGACCUCGCCAAAGCUAUUAACGAUGGAUUGUUCUACUAUGAACAGGAUCUUUGGACAAACGAAGAAGGGCAGCAAGACUGUACAAAUGCCAAGGAUGUGGAGAACUUUAAAAAAAUCAACAUGAUCAGCCAAGACGAGUUUGAAACUCUGGCGACAAAACUUCCUACUGACCCCUACCAAGAUGUCCCACCGCCACCCCCAUGCCAGACAGAUGAGUCUAGCCUGGCUCAUUCUCUACCCACGGACGUCCCAGAAUCCCCUAGUGUGCCUCGGACCCCUCGUACCCCACGCACUCCUGGCAGACAGGACCCCACCAAAACCCCACGUUUCUACCCUGUUAUAAAAGACAAUGGCAAUCUUGAUGAACAGACCCCCAGAAAGAGGAAAACUCGUCACAGUUCAAACCCUCCUCUGGAGUGCCAUGUAGGUUGGGUGAUGGACUCACGGGAGCACAGACCUCGCACUUCCUCUAUCAGCAGCUCUAAUGCAUCUCCAUCAGAAGGAGCCCCUGCAUUGUCGGGCAGUUACGGCUGUACCCCUCAGUCCCUACCCAAGUUCUGGCACCCAUCUCAUGAGCUUUUGAGAGAAAACGGCUUCACUCAGCAAGUUUACCACAAAUACCGCCGUCGCUGCCUCAAUGAGAGGAAGCGAUUAGGUGUCGGUCAGUCUCAGGAGAUGAACACCCUCUUCAGAUUCUGGUCCUUCUUCCUCAGAGACAACUUCAACAGGAAAAUGUAUGAGGAGUUCAAGCAGUUUUCCUUGGAGGAUGCCAAAGAGAACUACAGGUAUGGAUUGGAGUGUCUGUUCCGGUUCUACAGCUAUGGACUGGAGCGGAGGUUCAGACCUGACAUCUUUAAGGACUUCCAGGAGGAGACCAUACGUGACUAUGAGAAAGGUCAGCUAUAUGGACUGGAGAAAUUCUGGGCUUUCUUGAAAUAUUCUUAUAUGAAGAAUCAACCCAUUGACCCCAAACUUCAGGAAUACCUCAACAAAUUCAAGAGCAUUGAUGACUUCAGAGUAGAUCCACCAAUGGGAGAGGAAGGAAUAAGAAGAAAAACACAGGACGAGCCAAAACGUAGACGUCACAACUCUUCCUCGUCAUCAUCAAAGCAGUCCCAAUUCGCCAAGACAUCUUCAGACAAUCAGCCUGCUGCUCGAGGGGUGGCAAAAACAACCUCAACUGAUCAGACCGCUGCCCCAACCGCAACGAAAACCGCCUCAGCCAGUCAGCUAUCAAACGCUGGGCCAGCCAAGGGUGCCUCAGCCAAUCAGAAGCCAACCUCUUCGACCGCCAAGAGCGGCACGGCUAAUGACCCUGCUACAAAAGCUCCAUCCAAAGAGAAUGUGAAGAAGAAUACCUCAUCAGAUGCUCGCAAAGAAGAGUCAGCAACGUGCAAAAACAAAGAUAGCCAACAGCCAAAGAAAUGAAGCCCUUAACUACACUAUUCAGUAUUUGAGUGAUUGUAACUCUAGAGCUGUGAAAGGAUUUUCAGUGCUGAUUCAGGCUUGCGUUUUACACCGUAACCUUGGAAGUGAGCCAGUCAAACUGUUAGAGCAAAGAGCAACUAUCAGACUGUUGUGUUCACAAACUGAAGAGUAAACCAGAAUUUUCUUGGGUGUGUUGUACAAGACUCUUUUUCUGGAUGUUUUUGUUUUUUGUUCUUUUAAUUUGUUUUUGUUUUUCCUGCAGUUAGUAGUUUGCAAAAUCAUCAGUAUGCAUGGUGACCCUGUGCAGUUUACAGAAGAUGCAUUCUCUUUUUAAAAUUAAUUCUACAUUUUCAAAUGCCUUACAGUUCAGAAUCUACCAAAAAAAAACAUAUAAUAUAUAUAUAUAUAAAUAUACACAUUACAACUCUGUCGACAUUCAUAAUAAUAAGUCUCUUGGGUUUUUCUUUAUUGUGUAAGUAUUUUAAUUUGCCCAGGUGCCUGACCUGGGCAGCACAUCACACUUAUUUGUGUGCCUGACAACAGCACACGUUUUACUGUUAAUUUUAAAAUUAAAAUAAAAAAACACAUGAAACAAAAAAAACCUUGAAUUAAGGUUGACACAAUAUAACACACUAUAUAGACUUGCAUUUUUGCUCUUUUAGGUUGUGUAGGAAAGUGGCAUUGAUGGAAUACUAAGUUCUUUAUGCUUUUAUGAUUAGCUGAGAGACUGAGCUGAAGAUCAGAGAAGUACGUAGAUAUUGAGCCAGUGGUGAGGGAUUGUGACAGAAGUGUUAACAUCAUCAAGAGCUAAAGGAUAUUCCUGCUAUUAAACAAACAUUUUGCCAUUUUGGAUGUCUCCAGUUUAGGUGCGAAAGAGAGAAAACAUCUUUGACUUUUUCUUUUAUUUUUGUUUUUGAAAAUUUUGACUUAAAUUGGAAAACAUCUGUGUACUUGAAAUGUUAUAUUUUUUAAAGGAAUUCUUCCUUUUAAAAACUUUGAAUUAUAUUGGAGUUGAGAUAAUUUAUUGUUUUCCUCUUUUUCUUUUUUAAACCUUAAUUGAUUAUAAUUUUUUUCUGAUAUUACUAAGAGAUUUUAGAUGACUGCAAAUGCAGUGGCUUUGAGAAUACUUUUAUUUGCAUUCAUUUCCAGGAUAAAUUUUGGCUGAUAACAUUUAAUCAGUGCUCUUUCUAUCACUUGUCAUCAUUAAUCAGACAAUGAAUUGAUGUCUCGAUUGUAUCAUAUUUGCUUAAGAAAACUGUACAUAAAAAAAAAAAAAAAUGUUUCAAAGCAGCUGUAAUUUCAAUCAAUCCAUUUUUAUUGAUUCAUUUUAUUGUGAUCUUGUUUGUGUGCACAAGUGUGUUGGUAUGCAUGUCGGUUUAAUUUUUUUCCUCAAAUUGUAAAAAAAAAUACAAAAAUAAAAUAUAUUAAAAUCUGUUUAUAAAAC